AUGACGCAUGUGCAAAGCAUCAUAAUCCGAUACCUAGGCAUCUCGGAGGCUGAUUUGUUUCCUACUCGAAUAGAUAAAACAAAUCAAUUGAAUUUUACACUAGACGCCGAUUUUUAUGAUACGACUAGAGUGGAUUACAAAUCUGACCGUAGUGGUCCAGCACGAUCAAAAAACCUCUGGCCAACUGACCUAGGAAGUAAUGUCCAUAGACUCCUUCUAUCAGAAUCUCCUUUCUAUUACUCAGAUUCUGUUGGUGUUCCAGAUGGUAUCAUUGCUGAAUUGACCACUGGUAAGGAUAGGAUCAUUGGUGAUGAAUGGACCAUUGGUACACUUCCGACGAUGAUGAGCGCACUACAGCUAUGGCAUCACAGCUCGAUUGCACAAGUAGAAACUGUUGACGAAAAGAUUGAUCAGCGCGAGACCUUCCUGGCUACCGGAGCGCAGUGGACACUCCAGACUUCGCAGCCUGUAGUGAUGUCCGCCUGUUCUCCUGUUUUCUACAAUACUGAAAACAUCUCUUACCCUCACGUCGACGGUUCAACAAGCAUCCUCCAUAAUGCAGCUGAACUUUACGAUACGAUGUUAAAGAUGAACGCAAACCGUACAUACUUUAUGUCGUGGAUUCAAUUGCCUCAGGAUCCUACUUCCUUGCUUGCCUUAUUCAUGGACAUCGACGACCGAAUCGGGGUCUAUAACGGCAGUGAUGGCAGUUAUUCGGCACCAAUAACUAGUUUUACCAUUUGUACAGUAUCUUCGUUCUGGUGGGAUACAUCAACUACUUUGUCUCUUACCAGCACGGAUAACUUAAUACAAACGGAAUGGCCUGGGAGCAGAGAAGACAUCGUCCAGGAUAAGUCGAGACCGAUUAUCAUCGAUCCCGAAGCCAUUCCCAAGCUACAUAUCUCACCUAAUCAGUCACAUCCAAAUCCCUCGCAUAAUUUGGCAGUAACUAUCGUGGCGGGAUUCGCGGUUGCGCUGUCUUGGGUUCCUGGCCAGUAUAUAUAUUCAGCCAACAGGCGUAUUCCUCUAGACACGAUUGAGGGACUGGACUUCUCUAGUAUAAUAGAUCCGACGUCCAAUACACCAUUCCGAAUCGUGAAAACAAUCACGGGCUACGGCUAUGGUAGUACAGAUACUUCUACCUUACUUUCGCUAGCAGUCAUUAUCACUUACUGCUUUAUCACGGUCGCAUAUAUCACUUAUACCAUUGUCACGGGCCACACGUCUGUAGCCUGGAACUCGGCAACUGAGCUGAUCCUGCUGGCUCUUCAAUCUAAAGAGCCAGACGAUCUGGGCCAUGUAUCUGUUGGUGUCGACUCCACGGAGACGCUUCGCAGGAGCGUGGGAAUCAGGGUAAACACUGUGACCAUUCCAGACACAGGGGAGCGUAUGCAGAAACUGGAAUUAGUCUUCGAGCAUGAUGUCCAAGACAAGGAGAGGAUUUUGAAGAAAGUUGAACGGAAUCAGGCGUACUAG